AUGACCCACAAAGCACUGGACUACUUACAGGAGCACCUGCUGUGCGGGGGAUUUGUGGAGAUUGAGAGCAAUGCUUACGAUGUGACUGGGAAGAAUGCCUUCUUAGACUAUGCUUUCUACGGCUGCUACUGUGGUUGCGGUGGCAAAGGGGAGCCCUUGGACGACAAUGACAGGUGCUGCUGGGCACAUGACUGCUGCUAUGACAAGUUAGAAGGAAAAUGUGAAUCCAAACUCCAAAAGUAUAGCUACACCUACAAUGCAGGCGUUGUUACCUGUACUGAUUCGAACUUCUGCAAGUUUGAAAGCUGUACUUGUGACAAGUUACUUGCUGAAUGUUUGAGGGAACACACGAGCAGUUUCAACCCCUCCUACAAGGGUUUUUCCCGCUCCAAAUGCAAAGAGAAAAACCUUCCGUGCCAAGCCUGA